UAUUUAUAGAUAUAUAUUUUAAUUUUUCGUUUCUUAAAACAUCCCGACCGGGCCCCAGAAAUGUGGAAAUUUGGAAAUGGGACCUAAGCCUAAGCACGGUUUUUCACUUUAUCGCUUAACCUUUCGCUUUACCAGACUGAUUUAAUGAUAAAUCUUUUUUGGUACUAGUUUUGGCGUGGACAAAGAAUGCCAUUCAAUGUAACUAUCAUGAAUGAAAUUCUCUGCCCACGCCAGAGAAUUUUAUUCAUGUAACUAUCCACAUAUUACUAUACGGAAGAAAAUCAGCGAUGACGCAGGUAAUUAUGCAUGUGAUGACGUCUUUGAUACGUUAUGUAAAACAUACCUCUUCCCCGGCUAAUCCCACCUGGAAUCGCCCCUCGACAAUAGAGUACAAAAGAAAGGAGUGGUGGAGUUUGUUCAUUCGUACAGGGAACAAGCGCAUUCAAGCACCGACAAGCUGUCCUAGCCGUCCUCUACCUACAAUGAUGAUUUUGUGUUUCCUCUUGUCAACGUUGUUACUUCUACAACCCAGUGAUGCUUUAUAUGCGGACACGUGCCGCCAUGACCGGCAGUGCAUUUCCCGACACGGCGUGGGUUCGUGCUGCGCGCCCCGCCGCCCGAUCUUCAGCCCGCUGCCGGUGUGCAAGUCUGCUGGACAGGUCGGCGACACAUGUCAGAGGUCAGGGGAGAGGCUCGCCUACCCGACAUCUGUAGGGCGCCGGCAGUACAUCUUCACCUGCCCAUGCGCAGAAGGGCUUCAGUGUGAGCUGUUCUCCGGCUAUGCCGACAUAGGAACCUGUGUUCCUGUACAGUACUGAAGGGACUCCAGGAUAAUCGUUAAGCAGUUGUAGAGGGGUGGCGAAAUAGUAACGUUUAUAAAUCAAUCGGCCUUUCUACCUCCUGAAGACACGGAAACGUUAUCGUUUUGCUUUUCUAGUUCUACGUCUGCUUAGAGGUUAUCGUCAUGGAUGGCAGGAAUCCCGUGCCUGUCCGACAGAGAACAGUCAAUGGGCGGACAACAUGAAUAAAGAUGACGUAUACAUAUAACGUUAAAACCUACUCUGUGGU